AUGGUCGAAGAACUUUGUUUCAAAGAUGAACAUUCUUUGGAUUACUGCAAAAUGUUUAGCGAAAAUGAAGCUUUGGUGAUAUUGCGAAAUAAGCCAUUAGAUUGGACUAUAGACGAAUAUAUUAGAUCCGUAAAUUGCACAUCUCCAAAAGACCAAAAAGACAAAAAUCAAGUUAAUGAUAAUAUAGAUGGUAACAAGAACACUUUUGAAACAAAAGAAAACCACAAUAUUGUUGAGGAACAGCAUCAAGGAGGUAAUGAGGUGAAUAAUGGUAAAGAUCCAGAUGAUGACGAUGACAGUUGUCAGCGUUGGAGAGAAAGAGCCUUGGAAUUAACAAACGAAGUCGAAGCGUUAAAACAACGCUUAUGUGUUGUUGAGUUAGAGUUAGAAGCUGCAAAACAAAGCGCGUCUAACAAAAGAAGAAAAACAAAGGCGCAACAACCAACCACAAUCACUGAAGGUGAUCAAAGUUCCGCAGUAUCACUAACGUCAACGAAUAAAAAACAAUCUGGGAAAAAUGCAACGACAAAAAGAGGUUCAAAAAGAUUUCAAGAUCCUGAAUCUAAAAUAUUUCAAAAGGUCCCAGGAGCAGAUGAUG